UUAUUUACAAUGAUUAUGGUUUCAAUCAGUGUUGUUGUUACUGUCAUUUCAUUGAAUUUACAUUUUCGAAGGCCGACAACACAUCAAAUGCCUGAUUGGAUCAAAUGGCUAUUCCUAAGGAUAUUACCCAAAUUAUUAUUUAUGCGACGACCAGUAAUGAUUGAAACUGAUGAAGCAUUACGUAAAGCUGGUCAUCGACGAGGAGUAUUAUGUGAAAAUGUCAUUAUUAAUCGUCAUGAAGGAAAAGUAAAUUGUGAUACAUGCACUAAUGCAAAUAUGCAAAUUAAUGAAAAAAUACAAAAACUUUAUCGUUCACCGUAUGUUAUCAAGGCAUUCGAGAAUGUUUGCUUUAUCGCGGAAAUAUUAAAGAAGAAAGAUCGUGAAUCAAUGGUAAAUGUUAUUUUAAAUUAUAUUUAUAUGAAAUUAAUUUAUAUUUGA